GGCGCGGGAGCCCAGAGAUUUGAGGGUCCAGGUCGGGCGGUUCCCCACCUCCCCUUCAUGUGAGCAGUUUCCUGAAACACCGUCAGCGAAGGGCUGCGGAGAGUGCGGGACCGGUGGCCGGGCCGGGAACAUGAGGCAGCGUCUCUUUUUCCUGGCCAGUUUGGUUCCUCUCGUGCUGGCGCCGCGACCCCCGGACGUGUCGGGCUCCGGCUCCCACCAGCGACUCGAGGGAUUGGAUUCUUUGCUCUCAAAUUACGAAGUUCUCUCUGUGUCUAGUAUCCAACAGCAUUCGGUAAGGAAAAGAGAUCUUCAGGCUUCAACGCGUUUAGAAACCUUGCUGACAUUUUCAGCUCUGAGAAGGCAUUUUAAAUUAUACCUGACAUCAAGUACUGAGCGCUUUUCGCAGAACUUUAAAGUGGUGGUGGUGGACGGCGAGGUGGAACACGAGCACAUGGUGAAGUGGCAGGAUUUCUUCAGCGGCCAUGUGGUCGGUGAGCCUGACUCUAGGGUCCUGGCCCACAUAGGAGAUGAUGAUGUUACAAUAAGGAUAAACACAGAUGGGGUGGAGUACAACAUAGAGCCACUCUGGAGAUUUGUUAAUGAUACAAAAGACAAAAGAAUGCUAGCUUACAGAUCGGAAGACAUCAAGAAUGUCUCACGCUUGCAGUCUCCCAAAGUAUGUGGUUAUGUGAAAGUGGAUGAUGGAGAGCUGAUUCCGAAAGGGCUGAUAGACACAGAGCCGCCUGAAGAGUCUGUCCAUCGGGUGAAGAGAAAGGCUGAGCCGGAUCCCAUGAAGAACACAUGUAAGCUCCUGGUGGUCGCAGAUCAUCGCUUCUACAAAUACAUGGGCCGUGGGGAAGAGAGUACCACCACCAACUACCUGAUAGAGCUCAUUGACAGAGUUGAUGACAUCUAUCGGAAUACUUCGUGGGACAAUGCGGGUUUUAAAGGUUAUGGAAUACAGAUAGAGCAGAUCCGCAUUCUCAAGUCUCCGCAAGAGGUGAGGCCUGGGGAGAGGCACUACAACAUGGCGAAGAGCUACCCGGAUGAGGACAAGGACGCAUGGGAUGUGAAGACAUUGCUGGAGCAAUUUAGCUUCGACAUAGCUGAGGAAGCGUCAAAGGUCUGCCUGGCCCAUCUUUUCACGUACCAGGAUUUUGACAUGGGGACACUGGGACUGGCCUACGUGGGCUCCCCCAGAGCAAACAGUCACGGAGGCGUCUGCCCGAAGGCUUAUUAUAGUCCUGUUGGGAGGAAAAAUAUCUAUUUGAAUAGUGGGCUGACGAGCACGAAGAAUUAUGGAAAAACCAUCCUGACUAAGGAAGCGGACCUGGUCACCACUCACGAACUGGGGCACAACUUCGGAGCGGAACACGACCCUGAUGGCCUACCUGAGUGUGCGCCGACAGAGGACCAGGGUGGGAAGUAUGUGAUGUAUCCCAUCGCUGUGAGCGGCGACCAUGAGAACAACAAGAUGUUCUCCAACUGCAGCAAGCAGUCCAUCUACAAGACCAUCGAGAGCAAGGCCCCCGAGUGCUUCCAGGAGCGCAGCAACAGAGUGUGCGGAAACUCUCGGGUGGACGCGGGGGAGGAGUGUGACCCCGGCAUCCUGUACCUCAGCAACGACACCUGCUGCAACAGUGACUGCACGCUCAAGCCGGGUGUGCAGUGCAGUGACAGGAACAGUCCAUGCUGCAAGAACUGCCAGUUUGAGACAGCCCAGAAGCGGUGCCAGGAGGCCAUUAAUGCUACCUGCAAGGGCGUGUCCUACUGCACAGGGAACAGCAGCGAGUGUCCCCCACCUGGGGAUGCGGAGGAUGACACGGUGUGCUUGGACCUGGGCAAGUGCAAGGACGGGAAGUGCAUCCCUUUCUGUGAGCGUGAGCAGCAGCUGGAGUCCUGUGCAUGCAAUGAAACCGACCACUCGUGCAAGGUUUGCUGCAGGGACCCUUCUGGCCGGUGUGUGCCCUACGUGGAUGCGGAGCAGAGGCACCUGUUUCUGAGGAAGGGGAAGCCGUGUACUGUGGGCUUCUGCGAUAUGAACGGCAAAUGUGAGAAGCGGGUCCAGGAUGUGAUUGAGCGCUUCUGGGACUUCAUUGACCAGCUGAGCAUCAACACCUUCGGGAAGUUCCUAGCGGACAACAUAGUGGGCUCCGUGCUGGUCUUCUCCCUGCUUUUCUGGAUUCCCUUCAGCAUCCUGGUACACUGUGUGGACAAGAAGCUGGACAAGCAGUAUGAGUCGCUGUCCCUGUUCCACCCCAGCAAUGUGGAGAUGUUGAGCAGCAUGGACUCGGCCUCUGUGCGCAUUGUCAAGCCCUUCCCUGCGCCCCCCACCCCUGGCCGCCUGCAGCUGCUGCCGCCCGGACCCGUGAUGCCCCCUGCAUCGGCGGCCCCAAAGCUGGAGCACCAGAGGAUGGACACCAUCCAGGAGGACCCCAGCACGGACUCCCAUGCCGAUGAGGACGGCCCAGACAAGGACCCCUUCCCCACAGGUAGUACAGCUGCCAAGUCCUUUGAGGACCUCACGGACCACCCAGCCACACGCAGCGAGAAGGCUGCAUCCUUCAGGCUGCAGCGACAGAGCCGUGUGGACAGCAAGGAGACAGAGUGCUAGCCUCGCUGGGUGGUCAGUGUUUGUUGUCAGCAGUCAGGCUGGGCCAGGCCAGUUGUGCUUCUGAGCAGAGCCCUCCCCGUGGGUGACGGUGGUGACAUACAGACCCUGGCUACUAGGAGUGUUUGCUAGCUCUUCUUGGACAGUUGGAACCUUGUCUUCAGGAAAAGCAGAGGAGAUGGACCUGGUCACUCAGAGUGGGCCAGGGCUGGGGCCAGCUGGGAGGUGCAGAUUGCCCGGCUUCUUCACCGGCUUCUUCACCUGCCCUGGGCCUCUGCACCCGGCUCUGUCCCUACUCAUUCACAUGAAGUCUUGAGACGUGGUCCACUGCUGGGACACCCAGAUGCACUCCCACAGUCACGGCCUACACCCAGCCCCAGGCCCCCACUUUCCCCACCUUUACUCUGAGACAGAGCGUGCAUGGCUGAGCAGGAAGCAAUGUCAGGCCCUGCAAUGCCUGUGGGUUGCUGUUCCCAGUGGCUGUGUGUAUGCAUGGCUCGGGUCAGCAGGACAGAAGGAAACAUUUUUCAUAAAACUGACUUUUUAAAAACA